AGCACUCAGCAGUGUCGCGCCAACUGUCAGACAGUAUGUACGUGUGUAACCUAAUAUUCCCGAAGACUGUGUACGAAUGUAGAUAUGUACGAUCUUAAACUCGCGAUAAACAAAUUCGAUUUUGUGCGAUCAGUUGUGGACGUUUUUGAUUUUUAGUUAUAAUUAGUUUUGUGUGUGCUGUGCGCGGACUUUGAGGAUAACGUGUAAAAAUGGCAGCAAGGAUAAAACGACUCAGUUUGCAUCUUCGAAUAGUUUUUAUGAUAAUUUGGACAGCGAGUGGGGGCGACGGGUACAACUGCCCCUACGGGCAGAACUGCGCCUUUGAACCGGCGCCUCCGGGCAGGGCGCCGCCCUGCGCGCAGCCCGGCCUCACAUACUGCUUACAUCCGGAGCCUUAUCCAGAGCACGUCAUACGAAAGCUAGUGCAAGCGGGGCAGUACGAUAUCCGCACCUUAUUAUCCGAUGAGAGUAGAGACGAGUUCGACGCCGUGAAGAAAGGCAGCUAUCCAUACGGCUAUGGACCAAACUCUCUGCCCCACGUGGACCAAAUAUCUCUAGUCGACGACGGACCUGACUACCACAAGGAUUAUAAUACGAAGUUUCAUACAAGAUUCAACCACGAUAUUUUUUCCGACAAAACACCUCUGCAACCACCAACAUCGAUCGAGCCGACUCCCUACAACAUAAAGGCAUUUCAAGCGACCAACUUCUCAAAAUUUGGUUUCCAAGGCUACCACAGUUCCCCGGGUUACUGGGACCCGGACUUGAGGCAAAACAGCGUGACGCCUAACUUGGGCAUUUAUAACCCGAACUAUUUCAACACUCCCAACUUCUACCAGAAUUAUGAAGCAGAUUGGCUCAAGCAGGCCGCGAGUGGUGUGACGCAUUAUAACCCGAGUGAAUGGUGGAAAUACAUAUCACCAUCCCGAUCAAACUCCGACAUCACGAUCCAGAGGUCGAUAUCCUUUCCGCCCCGAACCGUGGGACAUGGGGCACGACGAAAACGUAACGCUGAGUUGGUGGAGGCAGCUGCUAAGGGGACCCUCACUGGGGCAGAGGCUUUAAGGAUCGCGUUGGGGCUUGCUAACGAAGACCCAUCCGCGGAAAGGCCGCGGCGCCAAGCCGCGAACACGGUAGAACUCUGCCAGGUCCGUACGCAGUUCAUCCAGCCGCAAGCCGCACAGAACAACAAGGGCAACUGGCGAUACGUCGUCAACAUGCCCAAUAAUAUGACGCAGCUGGUCCGGGUUGAGACUUGCUCGUCUUCGACAUGUAGUGGUUUAUGCAGCGUGCCCCGCGGAUACACUUCUCGUUGUGAACAGAAAUAUAUUCAAAAGCGAUUGGUUGCACUUCAGCCGAGCGGACAAACUCUGUACACAGAUGUAUUCUGGAUUCCGAGCUGUUGCCAAUGCACAAUAAUUAAUAAUAAUUAAAUCUUAUUUUAAUCUCGUUGUGAUGUACUUUUAAGCUAAAAUGUAUUGCAUGUUGUGUUUUAUUGUACGCGUAGAGUUGCCGCUAUUCGAUGCUAGAUGGCGCUAUCACUUUGCUCUCUCUUGUGAAUGUUUGUGACUUUUAUAUUAUUAGAUGAUUACAAUAUAAAUGCGGUUCCUGUAUUAUUUAAAUUUAAAAUAAUAUCAAAAUUAAUAUGUAAAGAUUCAUAUAAUUUCCUAAAUUUAUUUGUAUUGCAAUUUAAUGUAGUAAUUUUUGUACGUGUAAAAACAGAGUAUUAUGUAUAUUAAUAGGUACAAAGUAUUUAAUCUAGUAUUAUUCAAAAUAUCUAGAUUUGUAUAUAGUAGUGCAACUGUAAGUGAACAAUGUUUAAAUAAUGAUUACUACCCAAUAAAUGAAAUAACAGUCUUUCUCGCAUGAAGCUUUUAAGCUUUUUUACUUGUUAGUUCGUUCAUAAUUUUAUAUUGCUACAAAAGCUAAACAGCCGAAUUUAUUUUUAUACACUUAUUUUUUAAACUUACCUAUUUUUCAUCUUGUCAUUCAAUAUUCAUCAAUACUGUACCUACUUACACUUCGAUUGAGUUGUAAAAUAAGUAACUAAAUUAAGAAAUUGUAUUUCUGUGACGGUUAUUGCAAUAAAUGAAUUCAGAUUCACACUUUUGUAUAAAGAUCACCAAUAAGGAAAUUCAACUGAUCCAUUCUUAUGAAAUCAAGCCAAACCGAUUUUUGUCCCUUUCACUCUCAUGUUAUUCGAGUAGGAAGAAAAGAGUCAAAGUAUACCAGCUUAUGCAUACUUAACAUUAAUAAAUAUAAAUACAAAUUACAUAGAAAAUAUUAUAGUCUCAUAUUAUAAAGAAGGGGUUAAGUUGAUUUUAUUUAGAACAAUCUUUUAAAGACUUUUGAGUUAGUAAUAGUUUGACAUUUUUUGUAAUUUUCAGAGUCGACGCGCAUUCAGUUUUGUAUAACUUUUGUAAAUAAAUAGAUAAAUAAACCAGUUUGUAUAUGAUAAUAUAAAAUUGAAAUUUGAA